AUGCGUGUCAACGUUAAAAUCAUGAUGGACAAUAAUGCCAGUAUUAUUUUUGGUGCAACUGUUGCUGUCGGAAAAGAUAACUUCGAGUCUUUUAUUGACGAGCGGCACACUUUUAUUGAUAAGCCAAUGCUUAUGAAAGAGUUUAUUGAGAGUUCAGACUCUGAUUUAACUUCUGGAACUUGGGAUGACAUCAUGACAAAAUUAAGAAAAUUGGUGGCUAUUAUUUACAGAGAAUAUCGUUACAUUAUCGACACGUUAUAUCCAGAUGAAAAGGAUGAUUAUAUAACAUAUCCAACAUUAGAAUUUGCUUUAAAGAAUCUUUCUAGCAACGAUAAAAAUGUGUUUAAGGUUGUUGAUGAUAUGAAGAACCUUCAAAAUAUAGCUCAAAAAGCAUUAAACCAAAUUGAAGAGAAGCAGUAUAGAGCAACUUUACAACAUGAAGUCAGAAAAGUUUUGGAAAUAGGAAUUGCGUUCAAAGGGAAAAUGUCUUGUGUAUUGGGACGUUCAUUGCGUAGAAAUGAGAAUAAUACGUGGAGCGAAUCUUCACAAUGA